AUGGCAUCGCAGUUCGUGUCCCAACUCCCUCAGCCCACUCGAUAUGGGCAUGCGUCUCCUCAGAGAGCCAUGGCAGAGAUGACGGUGGCGGCGGCCAAUUCACGCAGUAACAUGCCUCCUCCAUCGACGGUCGGCCACAAGAGACAGGGAUCUAAUUGUUUGUAUACGGCCCAAUUAAAGAAAGCCCAGGUCAAGCUGACAGCAACAGUGCCUGAGCCGUCAGCAAAGCGAAAAACACUGGUCGAGCGUGCCGGUGAAACCAAAACCAACGCAGCAGCUCCUAAACCGAAUGCGCCUGUCGGUGCUGGGGUCUUGUCCACCGUCCAUUCUCGAAAUCCUGCCGCCUUCUCCCAAUCAUACCGAAGCAAUUCAAACGCGUUGAGGGAAGCUUCAGCAUCCACCUCUUCAUCUACCUUCUCUGCCAGCGUGGGUAGCGGCAUCAGACCUCCUGCUGUGCGCGCCACCUCCCACCUCGCCCGACCGAAAUCUUCACUUGCAAGAGAAAGAGGAACAAAACCCGCCGCCGACUCGAGGCAAGAGUCAGCACAAGUAGUCCGAGGAGGAAACAUUCAGGACGGUCCCAAUGGCAAAUGUAUGGUUUCCCUGUGUUCCAAGCCCCAGUUUACCCCUGCUGCGCGUGUGCCCGUGAAUGGAUCUGCGAUUGUCGUACCGAAACGAGGUGCUCGAAAUAUUCCACCACUGAUAGGCCCACGGGAGGCCUCCCCCCGUGCUCGACUCGAUCGCAACGUCUCGACAACGACAAUUACCGAGCGACUAUUGGGGAUAACAUUGGAUCCGCCGACACCAACUCCAAAGUCCCGUCCCAGUAGCCCUUCGCGAGUACCUCGACCUUCGCCAGCACCUCGACAGCAAGCGCCGACGCGAAGAGAUCCAUUCACUCCGAAGAACAGCUUCAUACCGGCACCACUGGCCAAGGAUCUCUGGACUAAUACUAUUCGUAAGACUAAAAGCCAACAGUUUCUGACAAAAGACUCUAAUUUAGUGGCCUGGGAUCCCGAAGAACAAUAUGGCAACAUCGAGCGAAUGUACGAAGAUGUGUGCAAGCAUUACAAGCAAGCCAUGGAAGACAACAUGGCAGCAACCGAAAUUAACACCUCAUACAAAUCGACAAUUGCGAGCCUUGAGCAUGAGCGGAAAGACUCGAUCGAGGCCUUGAUCGCUGUGCGGACAGAACUCGCAACCACGAAUUUCAAGCUUGAAGCAGCUGAAAGAUCAAAGCAGGAGCUGAAACGGGAUCAAGAAGCGAGUAUCGAAGACCUGAAACGCAACCACAGGAUUGAAGUGGAGAACAUCCGACAGACGCACCGAGACGAGCGGGAGCGACUAAGAGAUGAGCACAGAGACGAGAUCCGCGAGCUAAAAAGAAGACUAGAAGACGAGCUCGAGAGUGAACGGACUCAGCGGAUACAAGCUCUAAGUCAAGUGUCCACAGAAGGGGCGCUAGAAAAACAGCGACACCUUCUGGACCUUGAAUCAAAGGAACAACAGAUCAGUAAUCUCAGCAGUGAGAUCGAGCGGAUGAAAGCAGAUCUCGAAAGAGAACGACUCCGCAACGACGACCUCCGACAAAACCUCUCCACCGCAGGCGACAAUGCAUCGCAGAUGGAAAGUGCUCGGCAAGCAUUGCAAGCGAAGAUCGAGUACCUCGAAUCGGACAGCAAGUCUCAGUCAGAGGCCUAUGCGGCUAUGGAACGGAGGAUGAAUGAAGCACUCGCGACAGCAGCUGAGUGCGAAGAGAAGCUCCGAAAGGAAGAAAUGCUUCGAAGGAAGUUACACAAUCAAGUCCAGGAACUGAAGGGCAAUAUUCGGGUAUUCUGCCGCGUUCGACCCCUCGGUGAAGACGGCGAAGACACGGCCAAAAUCACCUAUCCCGAGUCCGAGUUCGAAGAAGAGGAGAUCAAAGACAUAGAAGUCAAAGGCCCAGAAGAGGUGAACAGUCUGGGCAAAGUCACGACGAAAACUCACCAAUUUUCGUUCGAUCGCGUUUUCAACACGUCGGCGACGAACAGCGAGAUUUUUGAGGAGAUCAGCCAAUUGAUACAGUCUGCGCUGGAUGGCUACAAUGUCUGCAUCUUCGCCUACGGGCAGACAGGCUCAGGAAAGACUUACACCAUGUCCUCGGAAGAUGGCAUGAUCCCGCGUGCGCUCCGACAAAUAUACACUACCAGCAAAGAACUCGAGCCCAGAGGGUGGUCGUAUACCAUGCAAGGCAGCUUCGUGGAAGUAUACAACGAAGAACUACGCGAUCUGCUUGGAAAGGACGAUAUGGGCAAUAAAAAACACCAGAUCAUCCAUGAUGCGGCCACGUGCGAGACGACCAUCACCGAUGUCGCGACGCUGAGUCUUGACAGUCAAGAUCAAGUCGAAGGUAUCCUGGCGCAAGCCAUGUCGCGCCGCAGUGUAGCAGCCACCAAGGCCAACGAGCGCAGUUCUCGUUCCCACUCGGUGUUUAUCCUCAAGCUACAAGGCGUCAACAGCAUCACAGGCCAGAAGAGCAAAGGCACGCUCAACCUGGUUGAUCUCGCUGGGUCCGAAAGACUGACGCACUCCAAAGUCGAAGGCGCACGAUUGAAAGAGACCCAAAACAUCAACAAAUCGCUCUCCUGCCUGGGCGACGUGAUUGGGGCAUUGGGACAGCAAUCAUCGCACCCACCCUCGUCACAGAAACGAGAAGCUUCUUCCAGAGGCAGUUCGCCAUCGAGCUCCUCCACGGCCACCGCUUCUGGUGCAACUGCCCACAUUCCCUACCGGAACAGCAAGUUGACAUACCUCCUACAAUAUUCUCUGGGCGGGAACUCAAAGACGCUGAUGUUUGUCAUGGUUGCGCCGGAGAAGAAGUGUCUCAGUGAAACCAUUACGAGCUUGAAGUUUGCGGAUAAAGUGGCAAAGACGAAGAUUGGCGUGGCGAGAAAGACGAAAUGA